UUCGUUCUUCUAACGUUUGAUGAUGCUGUGACCAAGGCCAUCUACGAUGAGUAUUACGAGAAGUUGCUUCUGGAUCGCAGGAACCCUGAUAACAGGACGAUCGGUGCGACGUUCUACGUGCCGCACGAGUAUACAGACUACACGUGCGUCAAUAAGCUGUACAACGCCGGAUUCGAGAUUGCCAGCCACUCAAUAUCCAAAAACAUAUCGAUCUACUGGAAAACCGCAUCCAAAGAGCAACUCGUCGACGAGUUCAAGGGUCAAAGGGAGAUCAUCUCGACGAACGCGAACAUUCCCUUAGAAUCCAUCCGCGGCGUGAGAACACCUCACCUUCAAUUGGCAGGGAACAGGAGUUUCGAAGCGUACGACGAAUCCGGAUACCUUUACGACAGCAGUUGGCCUACCUUAUCCAUCGACAAGUUGUACCCUUACAACCUUAAAUACCUGUCGACGCAGCAGUGCGUGAUCGGGGAAUGCCCGACGAAUUCGUUGCCGAAUUUCUGGGUCAUCCCGAUCAAUAAUUUGGUCGGCAAUCAAGGCAUCGAUUGCAACUCCUUGUACGCCUGCAAUGUCGAGGGAAACAGCACAGUGGUCCUCGACUGGUUGCAGAGCGAAUUCCAGAAGAACUUCGGCAGCAGUCGCGCCCCUCUCAAGCUGCUGAUCAAUUCGGUUUGGAUGAGCCAGCAGGAGAACUUCGAGGCGUUGCAGAUGUUCCUGGACUUCUUGCAGGAGCAGCAGGACGUGUUUUUGGUCAACGAAAACGAUUUGGUGGAAUGGAUGAAGGAUCCGGUUGAGGUUCAAGAUUACGUUAGAUUGUCGGAGAACGAAGAGCGCGAAUGCGUUGAGAAGAUCUGCGUGUUGAAGCACGGAAUUGAAGAUAGGUACAUGGGAUCAUGCGUCACCUGUCCAUCAGUUUACCCAUGGUUGCAAAACCCCAUGGGUAAAGUUUAUUAA